AUGGAGCUGUCGGAGUCCGUGCACACGGGACUGCAGUCUCUGGCCGACCCGUCCGUCUUCGACCCGACCAGCUUCCCGGUCCUGGUGGACGUGUCGUUCCGGAGCCUGCUGUCCUCUCACGCGGAUCCCACCGUGCUCGUGUUAAUCUGGAUCAGAAUAUCUGCCCCGAGCUGCAGCGGGUUCAACCGGAUCCAGCUGAAGCAGAGCCACGCUGCCGUGGCCACCUUCAUACUGGAGGCGGUCAAACAAAAUGCAGACAAGUCCACUGUCAGUUCAUGUCUUGAAGAAAACUCCUUCAGUGCAGAGAGAAUAGAAAUAUUCUACGACUUAUAUCAGAAACAUAAAAAAGAACUCAGACGUCUGUUAGCAAGCGUCGGACGGCGGCCGCCUCACAUUAACGACGUGUCCUGGCGUCUGCAGUACCACAUGAAGAGCGCGCAGGUGGAUAAAGUCAACGAGCCUUGCUACCUGAUUUCUCUCAACACUGAGAAUCAGGGAUCGUCAGAAGACAUCAGCUUCACCUGCACGGUGGAACAGUUACAGGAUUUGGUGGGAAAGCUGAAGGACGCCGCGAAGAGCGUGGAGAAAGCCAGAUUGUUGCUCCCUCCACGCGCCAUGCACCGCACCACCCGCAUCAAGAUCACCGAGCUGAACCCGCACCUCAUGUGCGUGUUGUGCGGAGGAUAUUUCAUCGACGCAACAACCAUCAUCGAAUGUCUGCACUCAUUCUGCAAGAUGUGCAUCGUCCGCUACCUGGAAACCAGCAAAUACUGUCCCAUCUGUGAUGUCCAGGUUCAUAAAACCAAACCUCUGCUGAACAUCAGGUCUGACAAAACUCUACAGGACAUCGUGUACAAACUGGUGCCCGGCCUCUUCAAAAAUGAGAUGAAAAGGAGGAGAGACUUUUAUGCAGAGCAUCCCGUUGAUGCCUCUAACGGGUCAAAUGAGGACCGCGGUGAGGUGGCAGACGAGGAAAAGAGAAUUAUUACAGAUGAUGAGAUCAUCAGUCUCUCCAUCGAGUUCUUUGAUCAGAGCAGACUGGGAGGCGGAACAGACGAGAAGCAGUCGAAAGAUCAGGUGGCUAACAGACGGUACCUGCAGUGUCCAGCAGCGAUGACAGUUAUGCAUCUGAGGAAGUUUCUGCGCAGUAAAAUGGACAUCCCCAACACAUACCAGGUGGAAGUUAUGUAUGAAGAUGAGCCUCUGAAGGAUUACUACACCUUAAUGGACAUCGCCUACAUCUAUACCUGGAGAAGGAAUGGCCCACUGCCCCUGAAGUACCGGGUCCGACCCAACUGCAAGAAGAUGAAGGUGAACCAUGCACAACGGGAGGGCCAGAAUCACGUCAGUAGGUCCGGUCCGGAGAGCGACUCCUGCAGCGAUAAAGCUGGAAGUCCUGCCGGGGUUCCAUCCACGUCCUCGUCGCUGCCCAGUCCCGGCACCCCUGCACAGUCCCCAUCUGGAACCAACAACGUCAACGGAACCACGGCCAACGUUGCCACCCCCGCCGCACCCCCAACUCCGAACCGGUCCUUCAGCCAGUACGGCAGCGGAGGCGGGAAACCCCGGAAGGUUUCUCUGAAUGGCUCGGCGACUUCCUCUGGAUGA